UUUGGCUCAGCUGUUGUCCAGAAAAUCGUCCCUAGUCAGAGGCGCAUUCAGAGAGGAUGCUGCGAAGCCUACCAGUGGCUCGCCUCCCAUUUGCGCGGAGGUUCGCAGUCCAGACUGGCUCGUCGAUGCUGUCGGAGGCGAAGCUGCAGCCGGCGCGGACCUGGGACCAGGCGGUGGCGGAUAGCUUCAAGGCCGCCUCCAUGCAGGAGAUCUUCGCGGGGAAGAAGGUGGUGCUCUUCGCGGUGCCCGGGGCCUUCACCGGGGUCUGCAGCCAGGGCCACGUGCCCUCGUACCUGCAGCGCCUGGAGCAGCUCAAGGCCAAGGGCGUGGACUCCGUGGCCUGCGUCUCGGUGAACGACCCCUACACCAUGGCCGCCUGGGCCAAGCAGGUGGAUCCCAGCGGUGCGUUGAGCUUCUACGGCGACGCGGACGGGUCCUUCACCGAGUUCAUGGGCUGCGGGGUGGAUCUGAAAGUGGCCGGCCUGGGCCCGGGGAAGCGGUCCAACCGCUAUUCCAUGCUGGUGGAGGACGGCAAGGUCACCCAGAUGUUUGUGGAAGAGGGCGCUGGCGAUCUCAAGGUUUCCGACGGCGAGACCAUGCUGAAGUCGCUGUAGUUAGGAUGGUUUCAGACCCGGCGAGCGGAAAA